CUUCCCUUCCCGGCCCGGCCCGGCCCGGCCCGCUCGGCUCCCGGCGGGGCGGCCGCGGGAGGGCGGAGGCAGGGCUGGCAGCGCCGCGGCGGGCGGCGCACACACGCACACACACCUCCCUGCAUGUGAUUAAAUGGCUCGAAAUCUGCUUCUGAUUUCCUCGGGGAGCAAAGGAAGGCGGGGAGCUGCCCCCUCGCGCCUCGCCGCCCGCGCUGCCGCCGCGGCCCCGCGCUCCGCUCGCCGCCCGCGGCCCCGGACCUGCCCCCCGCCGCGCCCGGACCGACCUAGCUACCUGCCCCGCCGCGGAAGGACCUGGUUUUCUUGCCCCAGGAGGAUGGAGGUCCUGCAGCUCCUGCGCCUGCUCCUCACUGCCUGCAUGCUGGGCCUCUCCCAGACAGUGAACCCCUUUGUGGCCCAGCAGACACCCCCAGACCCUUGCUAUGAUGAGAACGGUGCUCCACGCCGCUGCAUCCCUGAGUUUGUCAAUGCCGCCUUCGGGAAGGAGGUGCAGGCCUCCAGCACAUGCGGGAAGCCUCCAACACGGCACUGCAAUGCCUCGGACCCCCGCAAAGCCCACCCGCCAGCCUACCUCACUGACCUCAACACCGCCUCCAACAUGACAUGCUGGCGCUCAGAGACCCUGCACCACUCGCCGCAGAAUGUCACCCUCUCCCUCUCCCUCGGCAAGAAGUUCGAGGUGGUGUAUGUCAGUCUCCAGUUCUGCUCGCCUCGUCCCGAGUCCACCGCCAUCUUCAAGUCCAUGGAUUACGGCAAGACAUGGGUGCCAUACCAGUACUACUCCUCCCAGUGCCGCAAGAUCUACGGCAAGCCCAACAAAGCCACCGUCACCAAGCAGAACGAGCAGGAGGCCCUCUGCACCGAUGGCCUCACUGACCUCUACCCCCUCACUGGGGGCCUCAUAGCCUUCAGCACCCUCGAUGGGCGGCCCUCUGCCCAAGACUUUGACAACAGCCCCGUGCUCCAGGACUGGGUGACGGCCACUGACAUCCGGAUCAUUUUCAGUCGCCCUCAUCUCUUCCGUGAUCUGGGGAGUCGCGACAACGAAGAGGAGGAUGGAGGCACUGGCUCGUCACCCUAUUACUAUGCAGUGGGCGAGCUGCAGGUUGGUGGGCGCUGCAAGUGCAAUGGGCACGCAUCACGCUGCGUGAAGGACAAGGAGCAGAAGCUGGUGUGCGACUGCAAGCACAACACGGAGGGCCCGGAGUGUGACCGCUGUAAGCCCUUUCACUACGACCGCCCCUGGCAGCGGGCCAAUGCCAGGGAGGCCAAUGAGUGUCUCGCCUGCAACUGCAACCUGCACGCCAGGCGCUGCCGUUUCAACAUGGAGCUCUACAAGCUCUCAGGCAGGAAGAGCGGAGGAGUUUGCCUCAACUGCCGGCACAAUACUGCGGGGCGGCACUGCCAUUACUGCAAGGAGGGCUUCUACCGGGACCUGAGCAAGUCCAUCACUGAUCGCAAGGCCUGCAAAGCCUGCGACUGCCACCCAGUUGGGGCAGCUGGUAAAACCUGCAACCAGACCACAGGACAGUGUCCAUGCAAAGAUGGUGUGACAGGCCUCACGUGUAACCGCUGUGCCAAGGGCUACCAGCAGAGCCGCUCGCCAGUGGCCCCCUGCAUCAAGAUCCCUGCCAUCAACCCAACCUCCCUCAUCACCAGCACGGAAGCACCUGCAGACUGUGACUCGUACUGCAAACCAGCCAAAGGCAACUACAAGAUUAAUAUGAAAAAGUACUGCAAGAAGGACUAUGUGGUCCAAGUGAACAUCUUAGAAAUGGAGACAGUGGCCAACUGGGCGAAGUUCACCAUCAAUAUCCUCUCUGUCUACAAGUGCCGUGACGAGCGGGUCAAGCGCGGCGACAAUUUCCUGUGGAUUCACAUGAAAGACCUGUCCUGCAAGUGUCCCAAGAUCCAGAUCAGCAAGAAGUACUUGGUCAUGGGGAUCAGUGAAAACUCCACUGAUCGGCCAGGACUGAUGGCUGAUAAGAAUAGCCUGGUCAUUCAGUGGAGGGAUGCUUGGACUCGUCGCCUUCGGAAACUGCAACGGCGAGAGAAGAAAGGGAAGUGCGUGAAACCAUGAGGAGUUUCAUAUCUGUCCCUUACCUAAGCCCUCCACCCUGCCUGUGCGCACUGCCUAGACUGCUCCCAGAGACUCUGUAUAUAUACAUAGUAUGAACGGACUCUUCUGUCUAUAGUGUAUAUUUUGGCAAUGAUUUUCCUUUUGUGUGUGUAUGCAUGUGUGAGUGUGCGUGUGGGUCUUUUUCUCUUAAUGUGUAUUAAAAAUAAUGCAGUAAUGACAAACCUUUAAUGAGGAGCAAAGUGGAGAGAGAUCCUCUUGGUGCCUGUUGCCUGAAGGAUCUCAAAGGGGGUUGGUUUCCUGCUCCAGAUAUGCAGUUCAUAGCUCUCAUUUCCUAGUCUUUUUUUUGCUCUUCAACAAAAUCUUUUUUUUCUGCCCGGUGUUGAUGUCUGAGUUGACAGCUCUCCUUUUCCAGCAUCCAGGGCCUGCCUCUUCAAUACUCUCUGAAAGUGGGCUGUCAUUAGCUCUCUAUGCCCUUGUUUCUUGCCCAAUAGAAAUAUGAGGUCAGAUUCUUCUCUUCAUCCCAGUGUACAUGUGGACUAGCUCAAUGAAAGCCAGCCAGUACUGGCGAGAGAUCGGCCCCAGGAGCUCCACUAGGAAGAACCAAAUGAACUUCUGCACAACUUGAUCCACUGGUGUCCUCAGUUUUACAUGGACCCCAUGCCCUAGCCGGGGGUAGAACCACUGUGCUGCUGAAGAAUCGUGGUGAGGAGUCAGGCCCUGGUGACCGGGUUGGUGACCACUGCCAAGCAGAGGUGUGUUCCCCAGGGAGAAAGGGGCAGACUCCACAAUCUCCCUGGCCAUUACCUCUCCUAGUGUGUGACCCACAUGACCCAACAGGAGGACCUGGAGACACCCUUUUUGCACUCACAUCUCCAUAAAGGCUAUUGUCUGCCCUGCCAGUACCCAGGACCUGGGGCAGUGUGGAGAGGCUGACCUAAGCAAUCUUGUACUAUCUUGCAUGUAGGUAGGCCUAUGUCCUCAGCUGGUACUGACUAGCAUAAUUCCAUUGAUUUCUGUUGAACUGAUACCCGGUGACUGUCUGGCUUGAUGGGCAUCAUUCAGAGCUGGCACGACUCCAUGCUUUCCUGGAAAGUAUUGCUGUGGCCAGGGUUGCCUUAGGAGGUACACAAGGCAGAGUUGGCAGGAAGAGAGAAGAAUUUUCAUCAACCAGCCUGUGUAGGCAUUUUCUUUUGUUUUUUCUUGUAGUGUAUUAGCCUCCAGCUCAAACAGACAACAUCAGUAUCAUCCCAUGUUGAGGUAGUGGCAGUCUUAGCAUAAGAGAUAUGAGUAGAAAUAAGAGCUGAUAUGAUAAAAGCUAUUUCUUUCCCUACAAAACUUGCCUUUCUUAGGAACAUCGAAUGGCUUGAUGAGGUAUUGUAGCCUACCCUACAGUCUUCCAGUUCAUUAGGAUGAUGGCUUUGCCUGCUGAUCCAGUGACAGCCUGCACACACUCCCCAUCCCAUGGGUGGCCUGGUGCUUCUAGGUCCAGGAUGGUAGGGCUGGGUGGUGCUGUAGUCUGCAAUUGAAGAGACUGGCAGAGUACUGUGGUGAUUCAGGACAGGGGAGUUUGGGCAGUGAGGAUCUAGGCACAGGGUAAUGUCUGUGUGGACAUGCAGAUGUCCCAGGCAAGAAUUCAGUGUGUUGGUGGAGUUGCUUGAGGUGCUGGAAGUGGCUUCUCGGAGAUGCAUGCAGCCAGGAGUGCCACCUUUCAGGCCCCCUGAAUGCUGGAGUGCUUUCAUAGGGCAUGGGAAGAGCUGGGGGGAGGCCAGAAGCAGAGCAGCAAAAGGUGUGUGGGAUUGAGGCUGAGGUGUGACUGAGAUGGUUUGCAUGAGUUGCUCUGAUGCCAUGCUCCUGGCAGAGAACAUCCGUCCCUGUUUCAGUUGACCUGAGGGGAGUGAUACUUCUUGUUCCAGUUGUGAUGGGCCAUCAGCCUCUGCCACAAGAUGGCCCUUGAACCACAUGGGUCAUCCAUCCUUCCUUUUCCUUCCACUGCUGCUUGCACCCAGGAGUCCUAGAAUCAGUGCUGCUGGCAUUGCCCUGAGCUCACUUGCUCUCCAGUGUACCCAGCAGUUGUAACUCAGAAGUCAGUGGUGGAUUAGUCUUCAGUUGGUAGAUAAUGUAAAGCAAGGUGCCUGCCCCAUCUCAUGCUUAGAUGGGACUUGCAUUAAGGUCAUCCACAUGGCCUCAGUGCUGGGGGCUGCUCAGCAUUGCCCUGCUGGAUGAUAGUGUCUCGCCAGCUCUUCUCAGUGACUGAAGCCCAAGGAAGAGCAGAAAUGGUACUAUUCCUUUACAGACACAGGUGCUCAGAGGGCAGGGCUGCAGAAGACACAUGCUUUCUGCAAGCAGAUACAGCCUUUGGGAGAGACAUAAAGUGUCUGUGGGCCCCGAACACCACUCUUCACAGCUUGCUAGGGCAAGAGGCUCCCAGGUUCCUCUGGCAGCUGAUUCCUUUUCACUUGGAAGCUUGGUACCUAAAACACUUUGAGGACUUAGGUGUUAGUUGCUGUACUUGAUUUCACAGAAUCACAAAAUGGUUGAGGUUGGAAGGGACUUUUAAAAUUCAUCUAGUCCAACUGAGAUUUAUCCUCCCCCCUUGUUUCCAGCUCUGCUGCCUCAAGCUGGGAGUGGAGAUGAAGAGGGAUGUCUCCCAGCUGGUGUCUUUUAGUACAAAUGCUUGUUCUGUGAGGUGUGUCUGUACUAGCACUGAGAUCAGAGAUGCCCAGAGAGGAUGACCAAGUACCCUGUGGGCUGCCACUGAGAAGAGGAGCUUCCCCUCUUUGGGUAAAGAAAGUCUUAGAAAUCCUGGCCAAAGGAAUGGAACAGGCCACCUCAGUUAAAGCUGUUGCCUGGAAGAUGUUUUCCUGCCUUUCCUCUGCUUGUGUCACUCCAAAAGCCAAAGCAAAAAUUCAUCUUAUUUUUUCCUCUUACUUUGCCUUGAUGGACUGACUCAUGAGCUCUUCCCACCAGGUGAGUUCACUGGAAGCUGCUUAGGUUGUCCAUGAAAGGGCACCAGCCUUUUCCUGGUGCAGCUGUCUAGAAAUUCCCUGUGGGGUCAAGGGCUGGGCUGCUGCAGAGCUAUGUGCUGGGGGUGAAAAGAGCAGUGAUGUGAGCAUCCCAUGGAUGUGCAGAAGCACUGCUGGCCCCUCUCUGCAGCUCAGGGCAGGGCUACUGCAAAGGCCCUCUCAGCACAGACACAACAGCAGGCAGAAUUCAGGGAGCUGCAAAACUACAGGCUGCUUUUUCCCCUGUGACAUCCCUACAGGCAAUGCUGCCAGGAGUUGCUGACUGACUCUCAUAACCAUGCUUUUCAUGCCUCAUUUGCCAUUUGAGCAGCUCUCUGGAGAAAAGCGGUGUUUGUGUGGACAAGGCUAGUGGGCUAGUGACAUACAGCCUAGCAUCUCAUCCCACCUGUGUGCUUGCCUUGCACUGGCCCCUGUGCCUGAGCAAACUGGCACUGCUGUAACUCUCUUCUGUCAGCGUUAAGCUGAAGCCAGGUGCCGAAUGCAACUGAAGCCAUCCCCAGAUGCAGGAGGGACAAAACCAGCCAGGGAACCCAGCCUGAAAAGCUAUGCCUUAAGCCUGUUGCACAUGUAGGCUCAGUGGGUGUUUUGGGAGAAGCAAUGCCUUCCAGGGGAUUUAGAUGCAGAGCUGCUUGAAGAUGCAUAUUUAAACUGCCACAUACAGCCACAUGCCUUUGGUCUUCUUUUUCUGUUUACUUUAUAAUUUAAUGUAUGAUCAGACGGGGCAGAUCCAGGAUGCUGGUGGAAGCCUUUGUGAGGCCCCUGUGUGCCCCUGCAGAUCUGAGGGUUGGCGAUUCUGUGCUCUUGGGGCUACCCCAGGCCUGGCUGCUGAGACCUGUGUCAUGUAAAUACCAUCCCAAGGGUGCCCAUGUAGAGGCACCAGGGCCCUGCAAUGUGGAGGCUAUAGGAAGCCUCUGUGAAAUCUUUGUUGAAUAUGUAAAAAGAAAAGGCAGUGAAUGUUAUGGACCGUUAUGUAACAUAUAUAAGAUACAUAUGUUUUGGGGUUUUAUUAUUAUUUUAUUAUUAUUUUUAAUAACACAAAUCUAGUAAGUAC